GAGAAUGUCCUUUUCUAGUCCAUGAGUCCAUUUGAACUUUUAAAAUGGUCAAUGCAACCGAUUAUGCUCUUAAUCAUCUAAUGAGUCAGGGCUCAGCAACAUGGCGGCAUACAAUUAGCAUGGCGUGAUUAGGAUUAACUAUAACUGGAAUACGUCAAUUCAAGCUGACAAAUAUGCAUAUAGACAAACCGUUUCUCUUUGCUAAACUUCGAAACUGUCUGCUCCUAGCAACCACAUAGCCCUGGGGAAAAAGUUACUAUCAAGCCAGUGCAGAAAAUGUGUUUAACAUUACAGUGAAAGGGACUUUCAACGUGAGGAAUAUGUUUUCAUUGUAUCAAUAUAUUUGUAUUUUAUCAUCAAACGUACACAAAUCUCUUGAAUAUAUUUAUAAAAAAAUUUAUAAGAUAUGGCUUGUUAUUUUAUAAUUAUGUUCCAACAUUUAUAAAAAGGUGAAAAAGAUACCGUAGAACAGCUGGCGAUAUGAUCAGCCACCAACCCAUUGAACUAAGGAAUCGGAGGACGCAACGUAUAUAAAAAUAAUUAAUAAAAUAUCUACACCGUCUAACUGUCGUCACGGGGGUGUAGCUCAUAUGGUAGAGCGCUCGCUUCGCAUGCGAGAGGCACGGGGUUCGAUUCCCCGCACCUCCAUUCUUAUCUUGAUUUUUCAAUACUUUCUCUUAUCUUCCUUACAUAAUCAACCGGGAUUGGGCAUGACGCACGUGUCUUAUCCUUGCUAAAAACACAAUGGCACACCAUCAACGGCUCACAAGCAAACACAGUAUGCACACGAUAAACAAGCAAGUUUCUCCCGUCCAAUUUGUCCUCUGAGCCUCUCGUUCCUCAUCUUCCUCCUUCCUCCCAAGUGGAAAAAAAAAAAAAAAAAACACAAUGCAUUUCUAGUUCUAAGAAGUGCUAAGAAUCUGAAAAGCAAAGAGAAGAAAAAUAUGACUCUGAACAUAGCUUCUUCACCAUGGCUGUCUUGCUUUUCUCCUCCAAACACCAGACUUUACGAAUGUUCCCCAAACAACAACAACAACAACGUUACUCUUUUGUCUCUCCUUUUACGCUCCAAUUCCCUUUCUUCUCUCAAAACUAACAAACCUUUCAAAGCCAGAGCUUCCUCGAAGGAAAACCAACCAAACGGCGUCGUUGAGGAGGAGGAAACUUCCCUUUUAAACGAGGAGUUACUAAGCAUAGUGUCGUCUACUAAAGAUGCGGACGAAGCACUCGAAAUGAUCACUCAGAAUCAGGGUGAAAGCAGUGAACAACGAAACGGCGGCGUCGUGAGUGGUUCUGAUUGUCGUUUGAUAAUAAACGCUGCGCUUGAUCGAAACAAUGCUGAGUUGGCUUUGUCUGUUUUCUACGCCAUGCGUUCCAGUUUCGACACAGGUGUAAGUAAGAAUGGACCGUUGGUUGAUAGAUGGACAUGGUCAAGACCCGAUGUUGGUAUUUACACUACAUUAGUUCAGGGCUUGGCUGCAUCGUUAAGGGUCUCUGAUGCUCUUAGAAUGAUCGAUGAUAUUUGCCGAGUUGGAGUUUCUCCUGCUGAGGAGGUUCCUUUUGGGAAAGUUGUGAGAUGUCCCAUUUGUACCAUAGCUGUUGGUGUUGCUCAACCACAACUCGGAAUUCAGAUUGUAUGUUGUGCCAAAUGUCGCUACAAGUAUGAGCUUAUUUCUGGGAACAUAGUUAGUGUUGACUCAGAAGAAAUCAGCAUGGAGAUUCCUGCUUGGAAAAGGGGGCUAAAAUCUCUGCAGAUACUGAAGCAAAGAUUUCCUGCUGCUGUGCACUCUAUUUUGGUACAAACUCCUUCUGGUAUGGCCCGUACACACAGAUUUGCCACUGAAUCAGUUGAUCUCCCAGCACAAGAAGGAGAAAGGGUAACCAUUGCUUGUGCUGCUCCUUCAAAUGUUUAUAGAGAGGUGGGUCCCUUCAAGUUUAGUCCAAAGGCCCCUAACUUCUACCCUGGAGAACCGAUAUGCCUGACAAACCACAAAGAUGGCCGGGAAUCACAAUUACUAAGAGCCCCUGCAAAAGAUGGAAACUCGUCAUUACUUAAGCCUGAGUUUUUCAUUCCACUUCUCACUGUUCUGGCUGCUGGAGAUGUUGCCUCAGGGAUAAUAGACCCAAGCUUGCCACAGUUGCUUUCAGUUGCUGCUGCAGGAUCACUUGCUGUUGGAGCAACUUUAAAUGCUUUGGUUUUUCCCCAUUUCAAUCAGCUUCCUCAAAGAUCGGUGGAAACAACUGCUAUCAAGCAGCAGCUUUUAUCUCAGUAUGAUGUAUUGCAGUCUCGCAUCAGGGACCUAAAAGAAGCUGCUGAAAAAGAGGUUUGGAUGUUGGCUCGCAUGUGCCAAUUGGAGAACAAAAUUUUUGCUGUAGGAGAACCUUCUUAUCGUGCCCGGAGAAAUAGAAUCAAAAGGGUGAGAGAAGGCUUAGAGAGUUCCCUUAGGGGAAGGAUUGAACUCAUUGAUAGUUAUGCAAGAAUCUCUUCAAUGAUCGAAAUUGAGGUAGAAAUGGACUCUGAUGUUCUAGCUGCUGAAGCAGCCAGCAAUGCAACAACCCUUACUGAACAGAUACAACAAAUCAUGGAGCUGGAGAAUCUUGAAGAGAAAUGGAGACUCCAAGCUGAAGCAAAUGACGAGGCAGAAAGCCUACUUAGUUCCCAAUCUAUACCAACAGAACAGAUUCAAAUAUCAAACCAAUAAUAUAUUUGAUUCAAGUAACUCACACUUUUCAUGGUUAAGCAUCAUGUGCUUUAGGUAGCCCCAGGACAUUUGUCUUUGGUUGUAUCAGUCCAAAUUUGGGCCAUCCAUGAUGGAGAUUAGAUGUCUGACAGUUGAUCCAAAUACCUUUUAUAGCAUUUGAAUCUCAUGCUGGAUGAGAUGUGGGAAAGAUGGUGGCAUCAAAACAUAUAUGCUUGGCCACUUGCCUAGUCACAGCCAAAAGCUAUUCCAGCAACUUGCUGGAUUGGAUAACUUGGUUCGAACCACAGUCUACUGUAUAUUAAUUUCAGUUUGCACAUGUAAUGAAAUAUAUGAAAGCAAUGGUGAUUUUCAUUUUGAAACCUGAGGAUUUUGUGCACAGAGAGAAUUAGAAAGCAUCAAUUCUAAUAUAUAUGUUUUUUUAUG